CGGAUGCCUGCCUGCUGUAACAUUGAGAAACAGUGGUAACGUUGAACUGGAUAAAGUUAAGGCGUAGUAGUCAUUUCAAUCUGGACAAGGUAUCAGACACGCGGGAGCCUGCUAGCUGGAACAUUGUGAAUAAGUGUUUACGUUGAAUUGGAUAAAGUUAAGGCGUAGUAAUCAUUUCCAUUUGGCAAAGUAUGAUGUUCUUACGUCCGUUCGUCAUCGUUGCGCUGGUAAUGUUGACGACCUGUGAGGCGGACAGGUUGAGAAAAUUGGAGUUACAAAUGAACGGGAUGAAAGCUGUUCAGUCCUACGUAAUGGCGAGAUUGGACACAAUUGAAGGAGAUUUUAGUACAUUAACUGAUAGAGUUUCAAUGCUUGAAUCACUUGUUAACACAUCCUAUAGCGAUACUCGGGAGACGGACAGUGUCGAAUCAAAAACCGGGCAUACUGUAGGAAAUACAUAUUCAAAAUCUGAAAUUAGCGACAUCACAAAAACGCUUACAAUGUAUAAACAUUCGUUUAAAAAGCAUAAAAAAGAACUUACUAAUGUCAAUAGCGUUUUCAAAGACACAUUGUCGGCCUUUGUUUCGAAUGCAUCCUCGACUGUAAGCUCAUUAGUUAGCAUGGUCAAUGCCCACGUGCUACAGAGCGCUGAAAAUAUAUCAGCUACUUUGCAAAAGGUCAACAAUACAGUAGCUGAAAGUGGGCGGAAAUUGCGCUCUGAUAGUUUUAUAUAUUUGAGCAACUUAAGCUCCGACGUUAGGACUGAUAUGGCCAUUCAAUUUGAAAAUGAAAAACAAGAAAACAAUAAAACUUUGCUUGCUAUUAAUUCUCAAGUGGGAAAACAUGUCGCAAAUGAAACUGAUACUCUUGAACGUUUUAAAACAAAUAUCCUUCAAGACCUUUAUGCUGCACAGGCAAAUGUCCAAAACGAAACAAUUGAGAUGGAAAAGAAGGUUGAAGAACUAAUAGGCAGAGCAAAUGAAGUUGUUGGCAUCAUUGAGGAGCAGAGAUCUACAAUAGAAGACCGUAUUAUGGUCACCAUCAAGGCGCUUCACAUUUCGUGGAGUGACUGGUCUGCAUGGUCCGAUUGUUCUCGGUCAUGUGACAAGGGCAGCAGAAGUAGACACAGGUCAUGUGAUGUAACUCCGCCUUUUACUGAUGGCAUUUGCAUUGGAAGUGAUACGGAUACAGAGGAAUGCGUCAUUCACGAGAUAUGUCCAUAUGACUGCAGCGAUGUGUUAAAACUAGGCAUGUCACGUGGGUCAGGUAUGUACAUAAUCACGCCCUGGAACACGCACAAGGAAGUGGAGGUUAACUGCGAUAUGGAUACCGAAGGUGGUGGGUGGACUGUGUUUCAAAGACGCUAUGAUGGUUCUGUUGCCUUCAACAGGAGCUUUGCGGAUUACGAGAGGGGAUUUGGUUCAUUGGAUGGUGAAUUCUGGACAGGUCUGGAUGUUCUCCAUUCAAUGACAAGCCGUGGUAACAUGACGUUACGAGUGGACAUGAGUUUACCAGAUGGAACUACUGGAUUUGACGAGUACGCGGGUUUCUAUAUUUCUCCACCUGACCAGUACAACUUUAACGUUGAUAGGAGGAUCAACUCAAGAGGAAUGUCCGAUACCUGUAUUCUGUCCGACACGGGUACUAGUUGGGAUAUCAACCACCAGCCCUUUUCAACGUACGACAGGGAUGUGGACAACUGGCCUUACAACUGUGCCCAAUACGUUGGAGGUGGCUGGUGGUACAAUGGUUGCAUGGUCAAUAUCCUCAAUGGACCGUACACCAGUAAUAAUUUUUAUUACAAUUCAUUUAAACAAGGCGGUUCUGAAGGACUGAAGACGUCUACCAUGAUGUUUCGAUAGAGCAGUUAAUAUUUGAAUAGACUAUUAAAGCAUUUCAUCGUUUGUGUGUUUGUUAAUUAUCAGUAGCUAAAGUAUGCAACAUUAUAAACUUGAUUUUAUUCAUCCCAAUGAUAUAAUUGAUACAGAUGUAAUGCAACUAAAGCAAAAACGCUGUUCUCAACAAUAUUGUGAACAUAAAUUUAUGAUAAAAAUCAUGGGUUGUUCCAUUGUAAAACAAAUGCUCAUUUGAAUGAACUCUCUUAUAUAUUUAGUAAAGUAGCUAUCAAAACCGUUUUAUCAUUUUUUUAAAUUGUUAGUUCUUGUAAUUUAUCUAUUGUGUAUAUCUUUAUGCUGAGAAACCCUAAUGGUUUCAGUCGAAUAAACUCUGUUCAGAUA